UACACGCAACGGACACAUACACAUAGUGGCCAUUCAAGUGAGCGCACACUCCCAAACCCAAGAGCAUGCAACUCGCGCGCACAGCAUGCACGUGACCAGGCACGCACACAGCCCGGAUUUUGCGCCAAGCCCACGGCGGCAAGUGCACGCACAGACGCGCGAGCACGCUCCGAUUGUGGCCCGGGAGCGCGCGGGCCGCAGCUCAUCCACAGCCGGGCGUGGGGAGAGGGCUGAUGCGCAGGCGCACUCGGACGGGAUCUGGCGAGCGCUCGGGGGAUGGUGACGCAUUAAGCAGGCGCCGCGCGGCGGGAUGAAGGUGGCGGUGGCCGGCUGCUGCCAUGGCGAGCUGGACAAGCUCUACGAGACGUUGGAGCUGCUGCAGCGGCGCCACAACGUGCGUAUCGACCUGCUGCUGUGCUGCGGCGACUUCCAGGCCGUGCGCAACGAGGCGGACCUACGCUGCAUGGCCGUGUCGGCCAAGUACCGCCACAUGCAGACCUUCUACCGGUAUUAUUCAGGAGAGAAGAAGGCUCCUGUUCUCACAAUCUUUAUCGGGGGUAAUCAUGAAGCCUCAAAUCACUUGCAGGAAUUGCCAUAUGGAGGAUGGGUGGCACCAAACAUAUAUUACCUUGGUUAUGCAGGAGUAGUAAAAUAUCGUGGUGUAAGAAUUGGUGGAAUUUCUGGCAUUUUCAAAUCUCAUGAUUACAAAAAAGGUCAUUUUGAGUGUCCUCCAUACAAUCAGCAGACCGUAAGAAGUGCGUACCAUGUGAGGAAUAUUGAAGUCUUCAAACUCAAACAGCUAAAGCAUCCUAUGGAUAUAUUUAUGUCACAUGAUUGGCCAAGAAGUAUAUAUCACUAUGGAAACAAGAAACAGCUUCUUAAAAUGAAAUCUUUCUUCCGCCAAGAAGUGGAAAACAAUACAUUGGGAAGCCCUGCUGCUUCAGAGCUUCUGCAGCACUUUCAACCCACGUAUUGGUUCUCAGCACAUCUUCAUGUAAAAUUUGCAGCUUUAAUGCAACACCAGACAAACAUUGAAGGACAGCUGCCAAAAGCAACAAAAUUUUUGGCUCUGGAUAAAUGUCUGCCACACAGAGACUUCCUGCAGGUAAUAGAUAUAGACCAUGACCCCAACGCAUCUGAUUCUCUGGAAUAUGACAUUGAAUGGCUUGCUGUUCUCAAGGCUACUAACAAUCUUAUUAAUGUGACUUCAAACACAUGGAACAUGCCUGAAAACAAUGGCCUCCAUGCAAAGUGGGAUUACAGUGCAACAGAAGGAGCCCUCAAAGAGAUAUUGGAAGAGCUGAGCCAUAACCUCAAAAUUCCUUGCAACUUCAGUAUGACAGCUGCUUGCUAUGACCCCAACAAACCGCAGAAAAAUAUGGAACCAGUUCAUAUAAUCAAUCCGCAGACCACUGAGUUUUGUGCCCAGUUUGGUCUCACCGAUAUUAAUGACAGGAUUCAGCAAGUGAAAGAAGAGCGCUCAGUUCGGGGAGAAUAUGAGGAGGAGGAGGAAAUGGACAGUACUGAGUCAGCAGAGGAGCCCAGUGAAUAUUAUACAGAUAAUUCUGGGCUGUCUUUGUCUAUUAACCCAGAUGAAAUAAUGCUGGAUGAAGAGGGUGGCGAUGAAGAUCAAAGUACCUGUUCUGUGGAUCCUUCACCUGAUCAUCCUCCUGACUUUUCAGCAAGUUUUUCUGACACCAGGAUCAUGCCAGAUUCCAUGAUGGUAUCCUCUGAUGAUGCUAUGGACUCCACCAAUGAAGACCUGGAGAAAUCUGGUGUGAGUGAGCAGACUGAAGAGAGGAGCUUAAAUGAAAGAGCUUUAAAGCGGAUUGGUAAAAAUGAGAACGGAAACAGUGCCAUGAAGAAAAUUAAAAGACGGAAUCAGGCUAUCUAUGCCACAGAGGAUGAAGAUAAAGUAUAAUGAAAAUGCAUUAAUGUCCCAGAGGUUUUAUUAACUGCUGUAACUAGCUACCUUUUUUGGUGUGUUGGGGUAAUGGUGAGAGCUUUUAAAAUUCAGUAUUUGAAGUGAUAAGUACCACUUUAUGCUACAUACUACAGUAUGCAACAAAACUUCUAAUGGAGCAGAAUACCUGUUUAGUAGUAGUCUUCUUGCUCAGUCCUUUUCAACUAAGUGUGUUGUAGAAAGAUUUCAAGUUUGUGUAUAAUCAGUUGGUACUGCUUCAGCUUUUGAUAAUUCAUUUUAUUUACAUUCUGCUUUGCCUCCAUACAAUAUCUGUAAUUCUUAGUUAACCAAAGGAGAAUUUCUUUAAAUUGUAGUUAGUUUUGGAGGGAGAGGAUCUUUGCAUUGCCUUUAAUGCUUUCUUGCAGCUAAAGGCAAAACUUAGUACAGAAUAGUUAAUGCAGUAAUUCUCUGCAGUGUGGUUAAAAGCAGUACUCCCAAGAUAAAAAGAGCAGUAAGAGAAGAUGAUCAUGAUUUUUAUUUCUCUGGAGUUAACUGUUUCUGCAGUGGAAAAUCUUGGCAGUUGGUGUCUUUAAAAAUAUUAAUAUGUAUUAUAUGCAUUGUCUAAUACUGGUUUUUAAAUUUUAGUUCUGAUAUAUACAGAAAAAUCUCACAUUGUAAACAUAAAUUAUGACUGAGGUGGUUACACUAAACCUUUGAAGGCGAGUGCAUUUGUUUUCAAUAUCAAUUAUCAUGUAUUUCUCUCCCAAAAGUUCAGAACAGUAUUUCAAAAUUAAAAUACUAAUGGAAGCUAAAA